AUGGAACCAAGUAUUUAAAACAUUUUUUUUACACAAUGAAAAAUUUAGAUUUCCAUAUAAAAAUAUUUUAUGACGAUUUUAUGUCAUUUUUAGCUGGUAACCCAGAAAUCGAUCAACAAAUUGAAAUAUUAAAAACCAAAUUAGUUAUUCCAAAACGCGAAAACCCAAAAGCUGGAGGUCAACGAGGACGUCAUACUGAAGUAGAAGUGAACCAUCUUCCUCUUGAUCUUGACGAAUUUUUCAAGAAAACUAUUUAUCUUAUUAAUUGCAAAUUUACUCCAGAAUAUCCCAAGCGACUUUUAAGGUAAUUCGAUACUACAUUUAUGAUAGAUUUUUAUUAUUAUUAUUUUUUUUUUUAAAUAUAUUAAAAUCAUUUGAUCUAAUAUUUUUUUAUUUAUUUAUAGACCUGCAAUGGAACAGUUUGUGGAAAGACAUUAUCAAAAUGUUUAUUUUGCAUUUGAUGGUAUCAAAUAUAUGUACACUACAGUAGAAUUGAAAGAGGUAUAGUAAAUUUAUUUACUAUAUAAAUUACAACUAGUAGAUUUAAUAGAUAAUAAUGAAAAAAUGUUAACGUAUAUUUGUAGAUACUUAAAAUUAAUGAUGGGCAUAAACGAAUGAUUAUUUCAAUGAUCGAAAUAUUUGUAAACGAGGCAUUUUCAUUAUCGUGAUAACAUUUUAAAAAUUUUAUUACCGAUCGAUAACAACAAUGGUCAGGGACUCAAUUUUACUGAUUGUGAAUAAUUGAAUAGACAAUUUUAAAAACAAUAAAAACCACUCAUUGACAUCAAAUAAAUUAUUACACUUUACUUCUAAUUACCUAUUUAAAUAUUAAUUUACUUUUUAAUUACCUACAAAUAAAUACGUAAAUAAAAUAAUAAAUGUGAUAAUAUCUACCUAAUGUAGUAUGAGAGUUUCAUUACGAAAAAAAAAAAAAUUAAAUAGAACUAUGGUGGUUACCGCUUUUUAGUCUUUAUUUAGAAUUUACAUUAUGAUAAAAUAAUCAAUUUUAAUAUUAUUAUGUUUUAAAAUAAUUAAUAUCAUACAUUAAUAUAAAUUAAUUAUAUUUAAAAAUACAAUUCAUUUUUCAUAAACGUGAUGUGUGAAGUUCUUUGGAUUCUCCUUGGAAUUUAACACUAAAAUGAUUAUGUAGUAACACAUUUUAUAACUAGAUAAAAUGAUGGGCAGAAAUGCGAUUGAGGACAGUUAUUAUCGUUGAUACCUUUUUUAGACCCUUCUGACUUUUGCGAUUUAGAAGGGAGGAAUACGAUUCCGCACGCUCUAUUGUUCAUUGAAAUAGGAAUUGGGUGCAACGUUGUCAAAUUUAUUAUAAAAAAAUAAUGUAAAAUAAAAAUAGUUCCCUCAUAUAGUGAAUAGUGAACCGUCAUUACAAAAAAUAAAUAUAAUGUAAACUAAUGUACAAUUUAGUAUAAUUUUUCCCUUAGUACAUAAAGCCAAUAGAAGUUAGAUAUUUUAUAAUAUAUUGAUGUAUUUUAUAAUUAUGAACGUUGUUCUUCUCAGAUUUUAUUAUCUCUAAUUGAUUCUCCAUUCCUAGCUAUUAACUUAUACAUUUUAACACCGUAAAAAUAUAAAGUAUAGUGCUCGAAAUUAAUAAAACUUAUUAUUGAAUUGUAUCCACGCGUGGUGUUUUAACAGUUUUGACCAGAUUAACUACCUAUACUGGUAUAUUUACAUAUAGAUAUUAAAGAUAUCCUUUAAUAUGUAUGUAUUUACCAACUGUUAUUGUGGGUAAUCAUUUUUUAGAAAUAAUCUCGUGGUAAUGAAAUUAUCGUUAUAACGUUAGGUACCCUUAUCAUAAUCAAAUCAUAUAGACUCAUGUAAUUUAAUGUAUAUUGUAAUCUUUAACAAAAGACCUAACUUAUCAUGUUUUUAAUUAAUUAAUUAAAUUUGAAAUAUCGUGAUAAAGAGGUAAAUAAAUACAGAAAUCACGGAAUCGUGUUACAAGAAAAAAAACGUGCGAAAUCGUAUUUCUGACAUGGCAACGUCGCGUUCGAAUACAAUACGGAGUUAUGUAGAAAAAAAAGGUCGAAAAAAAUGUAAUAUCGAACAAUGAAUGUGCGCAAUCGUGUUCUAUCCAUUGAGAACGCUCGGUUUUAUAAUUCCACACAACGUUGCUAAAUAUGUAGUAAUCUGAAAAUUCAACCAAUCAAAAAUAUAUUUCUUGUAUCGUAAUCGAGUUUAAUGAAUAUCUAUUGUUAUUUGAGGUGGCAUAUGACUUAAUCUAUCAAUAAAGAUAAUAUAUAUAAAUACAACGAUAGCAAACUGUUUCCAACGAAUAAUCAAAAUGUUCGCAUUAGUGCAUUACUCAGUACAUGGUUUCUCGUAUUAUGCGCUUUAUGUGCGAACAAUUUUACGUUAAUACUUCAAUAAAAUGGAAAAUAACCAAGACUUAUAUCCUCUGAACUUGGUGGAAAUUAAAUUGUUUUAAACUCCACACAAAUAUCGUUUUAUCAGAUAUUUUGCAUAAGUUUUUAAUGAUUUAUUUAUGAGUUUUGACUUGAAUUUAGCUUGGCAACGUUGCACAGAAUUUCGUUCUCAAUAGUACUGUUUUUUUAGGUCAGCUUUUGUAUUAUAACUAAAUGGUGGAGACCAGGACGGUAGUCGUUCGAUUACCUGAGUAAAUGCCGAUUAGCGAUUAACCAUUUUUGAUUAUUUCAUUCAAUUAAAUUAUUUAAUUUUAAUAAUUAUAUUAUACGAAUCAGUUAUACCAUGAUUGAGAUAUUUGCAAUUUUCAUUCAACAAAUUAUAGAUUUCGAAAUCAAGGGAAGAAAUCGAUUAUUUUUUUAAUAGUUGAAGUAUCUAAAAUUGUUUGUAUUGAUAGUUGAAUAUUUUGAUUAUGUCCAUCAUUAAUUAAUAUUACUAUUUUUUGUUAUAAUAAUUUACACUUUGAAUAAUUUCAAUUAGUAUUUCAUUAUAAUAAUAAAUAAAUACAGGCAAAAGCCCAAAUUUGACAGAUUAUAAGAAGAUACUGAGUAAAAUAGAUAAUUUUAAGUAUAAAUAAAUAAAACAUAAUAUAAUAAUAAUAAAUAUAAACAAUAAUGUAAUAUAAUUACAAUGUAAUAUAUAUAUAAUUAAUAAUGUGAUGGGGAUUUGUUAAUAUUAAUUAUGGGGUCAUGGAAAAAAUCGAUAUUGCAGGGGUGGUUAUUACAUAGGGAUAUUGCUCUUAAAAGGGGUGAGUUUUUGGCAAAGUUUGUACUGUUAGCUGGAAUAUAGAAUACUUUGGGGUAUAUUUACUGAUGAAGAGACGUUUGGAGUUAGAUUCAAUUUAAUAAGUAGGAGGAAUUAAUAAAAUCAUUGAUGAGGUUGAAAAUGAAGGUCAUGUCCGCCACAUCACGUCUAGUGGCCAAUGUGGGGAGAUCUAAAUAAAUGCACACAUGUUGAUAGGUUGAUAAAUGUGUGGCUAUAAUUGAAAUUUUAAUUUAAAGACUGCAUUUUAUGAAAUAAAAGUCCUAGACUCUUUCGAUUGAAUCACGUUUUAAAUUGGUGUAUGGAUUCCAAAUAAUGGAACCGUAUUUCAAAAUCGAUCGGUCUAACGUUGAAUAUAGAGUUUUAAAUGAUCUCUGGUCGUUAAAUUCAGAAUAGUGAUGCUUAAUAAAAUUAAAUGAUUUAGAAGCUUUCUUUAUUAUAAGUUCGAUAUAUUAGCGAAAUGAUAAAUUACGUGAAAAGAUAAUACCUAGAUCUUUCACAGUAGAUACAGUGUUGAGCACAUUAUUAUGUAUAGCAUAAUUGAAUUUGAUGGGGUUUGGGGAUCUAUAGAAACUCAUAAAGUGAUAUUUGGAAAUAUUUAAACUCAUUUCCCGUUCCUAACAUCAAUUAUUGGCCAAUAAAUCAAGUUCGUUUUGGAGGAUAAGCAAACAUUAAUGGGGGAAAUGCGUGAAAAUAAUUUCAGAUCGCCGGUAAAGAAAGCAUCUUGAAAAAUAGCGGUAGAUGUUUCAAUAUUGAUAUUCUUAAACAUUUUUUCCCAAUUAAAAAAAUUCAAAAAUGUGUUGAUUUUAAUAUAAUCAGCUUUGAGAUAGUUGUAGAAUGAUUGAUUUAUGGGGAAAGCGUUUGUUUAUUGUUUUUAUCGUUUGUAUUAUCAAUAUUAUGUUAUAUUAGUUUUGUAGUGUAUAUGUUUUAUUAGCAUAUUAAAUUGAUUUUACUUCAAUAAAAUAAAAAUAUACAAUUUAUAAAAAUUUGGAUAUUAUAGUCUGUUUCACUAGAGAACGGGCCGCUUGUGCGCAUGUUUACCCCUCCACAUAACUUGAUUUCAGCGAAGGCAGCCGAUUGUCAUUUCUUCCGUCGUCGGUUUUUGACUAUACACCGCUAGGAUAUUUUGUAGAAAUUCAAUUGUUAUUAUUAUCAGACAUCGCNACUUUGUUUUUUUUGUAUACAUAUUUAUUUAUUUAAUAUCUUAUUGAACACUGUAGGUAUAAUUCAGUAGGUAUGAUACAGUAGGCAUAAUACAGAGAUAUAUAUUUAAUAAAUAAUAAAUAAUUAUAUUAAAACAUUUAAUUUUCUUUUUCGUUAAAAUUACAAUUUAUCAUUUUUGUCAUAUUUACAUAAUUUUUUUUUCAUUCCGUUGUGUUCUCUUGUUCUGGUUCCGACUCAGAUUCUGACGAUGAUGUGUCACCCGUUAUUGUAAUCACAGUUAAAUUGUAAUUUUCCAUCACCUCUUUUACUACGAAAUCGAUCUCCCAAAAUUUGUCCUCAACCUUUUUGGUAUGUCUGACAAAAUUUGACCAUAUCUCCGGAGUGCACUUUUCAACACCCUCAUGAAGAAGUUUUUCAACGUCCGAAAUUUUAAAAGAUUUAUUGUUGAUUUUCACGUUAUUUUUUACAAAAGCCCAUGCCAAUUAAAUUAAGUUCAGUUCGCAGUGGUAGGGGGGUAAACGUAAAACAGUCAUAAUUUUUGAUUUAACAUACUCGUCAAUUAUCUUUUUGUCAAACUGUGGUUUAAUUUUCGUAACCAAUUCCAUAAGCCGAACUUUAAUUAUUGGUCUAUCAAAGGCUUGACCUUUAUCUUCCAACCACUUUUCAAUAUCUGCUUUCUUCCAACUGAUAUUUGGAAUAUUUUCACAUUUAACAGAAUGAUAGGACGCGUUGUCCAUUACGAUGACACUGCCUUCCUUCAAUAAUGGAACAACGGUUUUAAUCCAAUCGAAAAAGGUAUCGCCAUUCAUUUCGUCAUGGUAGUCCAUUGUAUUUUUUUUUGAACGAAAACACAAUAUACCACCUGGAACGAAACCUUCUUCCGAACCAAUAUGAACAACAAUCAAUCUACUAUCUUUACCGCUUGGGUUAGCAGCACCAGUUGAGAGACCUUUAAAUGUUUUAUUUGUACACUCUCCCGCAUUGACCCAAGUCUCGUCUAAAUAAUAUAUUGACCGGCCUUCCUUUCGGAAUUUACGAAUUUGUUCCAGGUAACGAUUCCUCCAACUAACAAUGUCGUCCCUUUCGAUCAGAGCACUGUUUCGCCCUCUCUUUGCAUAAACAAAAUUCAUUUCUUNGUAUAGCGUCUUUCUCAAAUUCAUCAGUUUUGUGUAUGAUAGACAGUCGGAUCUUUUUUUUGUUAGGAGAUUUUAUUAUACCUUCAUUUUUGUAGUCGCAAAUUGUCGAUUGGACAGUAUUUUUUCCUACACCAGUUUGUGAUGAGAUCAUCAAUGCCACUUCUUUCACUUUGAGGUUUGGUUGCUCAACAAUUUUUGUUUUAUAUAGAUUAAUGAUCAUCAUUUUCUGACGGGAAACAAUAAGCUAAAAAAAAACAUUAAAAAAUACUUUGUUGUAUGCGUACUCAAAUUUACAUUGACCAAAAAGUAUUUUUAUUGCGUAUCCAAUUAUUAUAUUUGAGUUCUAGGUAAUUAAGAAAACUAUUCAUUACGUAAAUACGUACAAUAAAAUAUAGGUACUUAUGCAAAAAUAAUUUAAAAAAAAUAUGGAUAUCUACGUAAACCUAUUUACCUACGUAAAUUGUCGUAUGUAAAAUAAAUAUAUAAAACAAACGCUUACCUUUCCUUUUGGGUUUCUUUUGACUGGAGAAACAUCAUACACUGACUCGCUGUCACUCAUUUUAAAAUAAUUAAAAAAACGGAGAAAAAAGUAAAAAUUACCAAACGGUACAAAAAAGUAAACGCUGUAAAAAUUACGUGUGCGUAUACCACGGCAAUUGGCGAUAAACAGUGGACUAUCGACAGUCAACAGUGCAUUAUUUGAAACGCAGUGUACAACACCUGCCCCUUUUCUGCGGUCGCCGUUGCAGCGCUGUCGAUAGAUCCGGAAGGGGACAAAUGUUAGAUAGUAUUGCGGCGUGGGGAUGCGCUGUGGCGAUUCGGUUUGGUCGGAGAACGGCCCGUUCUCUCGUGAAACAGACUAUAGUAUGUCAAUCCAAGUCUCUUUAUAUUAAUAAAGUUUCUAUAAAAAAAAAAUACCUAGAUGUUUUCAUUGUCUGAGAAUAUAUUUUAGUUUCAUAUACAGGAUGAUUCAUGAAACGUGCUCACUCUAUUUUCUUGGUUAAAUUUUACUUAUAUUCAAAUUUAAAUUUUCGGAAUUUUUAAGUGUAGUUAAAGCCGAUAUUUUCGAAUACUUGGAUUUAUCACAAUAUUUAAGGAGUAUCAUGUGGCUAUACCAACUUUGGUUUUUUAAAUGAGAAUCAAGAUUAAAAAUUCCAUAAACAGAUGGAGUAUUAGUAUUAGUAUUAGUAUUAGUUUAAACACAUUUUGAUAUUAAAGUUGUCGAUUUCCGUUAACCUAUUGACGAAUUUUUUUAUGCAAGCUCUCAUUUGAAAAAUCAAAGUCGGUAUAGCUACAGGAUAUUCCUUAAAUGUAGUGAUAAAUCUAAGUAUUCGAAAAUAUCGGUUUUAACUCCAUUUAAAAAUUCCAAAAAUUAGAAUUUGAAUGUAUUCAAAAUUUAACCAAACAAACGAGGUGAGCAUGUUUAGCGAAUCAUCCUGUAUAAAUGUUAUUUAUCUAUUUACCAAGUGUUUAAUAACAUAUAUAUUAUUUCCAGAUAUCCGACACAGUCCGGAUUUUAAAUGAAGAAACUGGUAAUUCAAUAGACUUCAUCAUUAGUAUAUCAGUACAUAAGAUUGACAAUUAUUUUAAAAAUGGCUCAUCAAACUACCUUCCCGGCGAAAUUCUCCAAGCAUUGGAUAUUAUUUUGAAAAGCAGACCAUUUUCAUUAAGGUUAGUAAACUCUAAAUAAAGUGACUAUAAUAUAUUCUGUAUGUAAAAAAAUUAACUUUUAUUGAAAACGAGUUUUGCAUAUUCCCACUAUGUAUAACUGUUAAGUUACUAUUUUCAGUGAUUAAUAUAAUUUAUUUCCGGCUUUUUCACGCUCUCCUGUGAGAGAAUAGGUAUAGUGAGUAUAUGGUGUAUACUCACUUUUUAGUUUUUUAUCAAUGGGUUUAGUUAAGUUUUUUUUCUUGAAAUGCAGAUGUAUGUUCACAAAAUCACGUAUACUUAAUUAUUAUUGUUAACUAUUGCAGAUCGGUGCAUUUUAUCACAAAGAUUCAAGUUUACCUAUACAUAUCUAAUACUCGUAUAUUACAGAGAGAUAUAAUAUGAAUUAUGAAUUACUUAUAUAAUAUAAGAAUAUGCAUUUCGGUGGUCAUUUUUCGAUUUUCCCCGUAGUUUUAUAUUUAAUGAGUUGUUAAAUAAUUGGGAAAAACUGUAAAAUUUACAGCAAUAACGGUUUAAUUAUUUUCGAUUUUGUUGGUUUUUUUGUUAUAACUCGGUUAAUAAGUAAUCGAGAGAUUCAGGAGUUUCAACAUAAUAAAAAUAAUAGCCUUCUUACGAUAUAGUCAAAUUUUAAAAAUAUUCAGGUGAUUUUUGAGCUACUUAUUGGUAUGUGACAUUUUUUUUUUCGGGGGAAGGGGGAGGAGUGGAUUUAUAUAGAUAAAAUAAUUGUUUUGGCCGAACAGAAAUGAUAGACAGCUUAACAUAAAGUUCAUCAUAAGUUGUAUAAGAUUAUAAAAAAAAAAGUUUGGCGUAAUUUAUUAGAUUUUAUUUAUAAGUGAGUUAAGUUUAAAUUUUAACGAAAAUAGUAAAAACUACAGUAUUUUAAAGCAUGUAACUUGCUGAGAAUUGUGUUUCGUUAGUAAUGGUUUAUUAUUGCAUACAUAUAUAAAAGGUAACUCUAUGUAGGUGUCCUAUUUCAUUAACUUCUCAUCUACAACAAUGAAACAUACAUUAGCAGGGCCCAGUGGUCUAUUGCCUUAGAUCAGUGAUUUCCAAAGUACCUAAAUAAUAGUUACUAAUAUAUUAAUUUUACUUUAAAUUUGAACAAUAUAAAAUUAUAACACUUUAAUAAUAUAAAUAGGUAGGUACCUAAUAUAGAUAAAUACUUAUAUAAAUCUAUCAAGUUAAUUAUAUUUUGUCAAAGAUUAAUUUUUUUUUAAUAAUUAAAUAAUAAAUAUUUGUUAUUUUAAUAAGUAAAAUUUUGUUUUAAAAUUGUUUUUUUAUUUUUAACUAAUUGUGAUAAACAAUAAUCACGAACAAUAUCAUUUAAAUAUUUUUGGAGUAUUGAUUUUUCAAUAAAUAAUUGAAAAAUCAGAAUACAGUUGUAGUUAGAGACAUUGUGGUUCUACAAAACACAAUCUUUUCCCUGAGGGUGCCAUGGUCGUAAAAGUUUGGGAACUGCUGUCCCAGAGGACGGGCCAUUAUAAUUAGUUAUAGGCUGGGCUGGGUUGUGGGCUGGUUAAAUAGUUUGAUUAUAUAUUUAUAUUAUAUCCAUAAACAUAGCGAUGAGUCGUAAUAGGAGAGAACGAGAUAGUUUACUCGCAUUUAAUUAUUUAAAAUAAAUGAAAACGAAUUGGAUUUAGUGAAUUGGUGUGUAGGGUUCAUCAAAAACAAUCUUGAAUAAUGGCUAAACACUUUUUCAUAUUAAAAGAAAAGUAUAAAGAGUUCAAACCUUGUGCACCACCACCAUAUACAUCUGAUAAGUUUUUAAAUCACAUGGGUCACCGAAUUGGUAUAUAAUUCCUACUAUCAGAAUUGUAGUGUAUUAACAGGAAAAAUCAUGUUUUGAGAAAAACGAGUUUAAAGAUUUUAUUUAUUUUUAGAUACCUGUAAAACAGAAAGUAUUCUCUUGUCAUACAAUUUUUAGGUUUUUGUAGUUUAUAAAUAAAAUUAUAUACCUAUCUAAACUAUAAUAUUAAAAAAAAAAAUAAAUAUUUUAUUAAUUUUGACUAAAUUUACUUUUUUUUGAGUUAAUACACAAUAUGUUUAGUGGACUAACUAUAAUUAUUUAAAUUAAUUAUAAUAUAAUAGUAUAAUAAUGUAUUAUUUCGAGAUAUUCCACUUUCGCAUUUAGAGCAACUUAUUAUUUCUCUUCAAAGAUUAAUUAUCUUGUGUACAAAUUUAUCUACAAUUUUGAGUUAAAACUCUACUACUUACACUAGUUAUUUAAAUUAACUGUUAGUUAAUUGUGUAUUCUUUUGAGAAAAUAUAUUAUUGUAUUUAAAACAAAACAGAAAAGUGGUAUAAUUUAAAACUGCAUUUUUCGAGUUACCACCCUAUUGGAAUUUGUCUAUCUUUGUUAAAUCAGGGAAAUAUUGCAAUGAGAAUAUUUUCUUGGAACACAUUGUAUAAUUAAAUGAUAACAUAGACAAGAUGAACAAUGACACCAAUACCGCGAUAAUGUGCAUACGAACAAUUUUCACUGAUAUUAUACUAACUGCAACUAUACUAAGAACUCGAUAAAAACAAAUUAAUAUGUUAAAACUAACUGUGUUAGUAACAGGUCAAAAGAGUCAGAAAUAGCGUUGGAGGUCAGACCUGGAUAGCUCAGUGAGAGAGCACUAGUUCGGUUAGUUAAGGGACUCGGGUAUGAUUUACGGUCUGGUCUCUUGACUUUUGGUGUUUUUUUGCGAUUCUGUAAUAGCUGUUAUCAACAUCAAAAUUUAAAAAUUCAACUUUCAUACUGUUAUUAGGGUUAAAUUCUUUUAAACACACUAUAACCAAUCAAUAUAUUAUAAUGAAAAAUUAAUAUAUGUGUAAUAUUUGUAUUUAUUCAAAUGUAAUUUUACUUAAAAUAUACGUAAUAUUUUAAUUAAUACUAAUAUUUCCUACUUAAUUUGAGCUAAAAAAUAAACAAGAGAAGAAAAGGAUAGUUUUUCUUAUUAAUAAGUGACUGUAAGGGGUGAUCAAUCUAUCAUAAGACACUCAUUAUCUCGGAAAGUAUUAACUUUUUCCGGAAUUUAUUUUCUAGAACAUUUAAGAAACAAACUGCUCUACAAAUUUAAUCUUAUGUUAUUUUCAAAACAAAUUUUGGUGUUGACAUUUUUGAUUUCUGUCAAACCGUUGACGAGAUAUUCCACUUUUAAGUUUUGGUUGGGGGAGAGUUGUGAUGCAUUAUUAACACCCAAUGUAUCGUAUCGCCACACAAAUCAUAUUCUAUUGUUCUCCACCAACCUAAACUUAAAAGUGGAAUAUCUCGUGAAUUAAAUUGAUAGAAAUCAAAAAUGUCAACACUAAAAUUUAUUUUAAAUAAUACUUUAUUUAUUAUGGAAUUUUUAUUAUCAGUUACCGUUUGAAAAUCAAAAGUAGGUAGUGGUUUUACCCCCAAAAAUAAGGGUGACAAAAAAAUAACAUAAAUAAAAAAUUGUAGAAGAAUUGGUUUCUUAAGUAUUUUAGAAAGCAAAUUCCAGAAAAAGUUAAUACUUUCUGAAAUAUCAAGUGUCUUACGAUAGAUUGUUCACCAUAUAUACCCAAGUAAAUAAAAAAUUAUAAUUUAUUUUAUUAAAAUUCUAAGUUCUAUGAUAGCACUAAAUUUCCUAUGAUCAAUUUUCUUGUUAUGAGCACUAGUUCUUAUUUUAUAGGUAAAUAAUGUAGUUUUAUAAUUUUAUAAGCUAUUUUUAAGCUUAUUGUUGUUUUUAUAUAACAUCAGUAGUGUAAUUACGGUAGGGGUUUUUGGGUUCAAACCUCCCCCCCCCGAAAAUCAUGUAUUUUCUGCUGACUCAUCAUAUAAAUAGACUACAAAAUGAGUUUCAAAAUGUUCAUAAUUUACUUGAUUGAAAAAUUUACAACGUACAUUGAAUUCGCCGAUAUGAAUAUUCAAUGAUAUAUAACUAAUAAAUUCUGAACUAGAUAUAAACUUUAUGAAUUAUUAUUAACUACAAAUAUUUAUAAUUUAAAAACUAAUCGUGACAUUUUUUAAGCAGUCUCAUAGACAUUGUAUAUUUUCUUUAAUAAUAUUUGUUUAAUAUUGUACCAAUUUUCCUGUUUUUCCUAUGUUUUUUUCUGGUUUUCUAUGUUUUUUUCCCGGUUUUCUCAUUUGCUGGAAAAUAUCUUGGGAAAUCUAAAAAUAACCUCCUUAAAGUACUAGUCAGAUUUCCUUUCAAGAAAAAUGCUAUAAUUGUAAAUCGAAGCAAAAUUGCUGGUAGUAUAGUUGUCACAGGAAAAAAAAAGACCGUAAUAUUUUUUUACUAAUAUCUAAAUUUCGUACAUUUUUUCUUGGUCAUUGUUUUUACUGUAUUAUUUUUUCUAUACAAAAUAAGAGUGACAAUUUGUCUCUUGUGACGAAACUAUGUUGCUCACGAUUUAUUUAAUAAUUAUAAUUUGGAAAUAUGUAAUUUGUGUUUCAGAUUUACUAACGCUGGAAGAUCAUUUUAUCCGAUCCAGCAUAUUCCAGUUGACUUGGGCGGAGGAAUAGAACUCUGGAAAGGAUUUUUCCAAAGUCAUGUUAUGGGCUGGAAAUCUUUUUUGAAUAUAGAUUGUAAGCAUAACAUAAUAUAUUAUUAAAUUUUACCUAUGCCCUUUGUGACUGUGUAAUAAAUAUGGCUGUGAUAAUACACGACACACAAAAAUGAGCGUACAUGUUUUCGCCUAAAAUCAACCUUUUAGUUUUCGCCCAAAUGAUCUUUCUUACCCAAACUUAAAAAAUAAUAGUUUAGUUUUUGCCCAAAGAAUAAUUCAUCAUUAAUGAAAAAAUAUUUUGGUUACUAUAUUUUAUUUUUAAUUAAGUAUACAAAUAUAUUAGAUGUGUACACCUUAUAUAUUAUGUUAAGGUGUAUGACUGCCUGGUAGUGAAUGUUAACAGUCGCCGGUGAUUGUUGACAUUUUAAUGAAAACUAUAAAAUGGAUUAUCUAUGAAAUAGAUAGGUAAUAAAAGGGUAAAACGCGAUUGCGUACGACUUUACCAGAUUUUUGGUUGCAUGAUUGCGUACGAAAUUGUAUGCGUUGUUGGUAAUUUCCAUACCGGUAUAUACCACACGAGUGAACUAGAAAAAAUGAAUAAAUACUUUUAGUUUUUCCAUAAUCGUUUAUUGUUAACAAUAUCAACGCAACAUUAAAUACAUCCUAAUAUGCUGAAAAAUUUGUUAUUUCAAAUAUAUAGAUAUUUUCUACCCUUCAGUUCGUCGUUAUUCGUCACACGUGUGUAUAUUUUAUUAACGAAAAUAUCGAAAAUUCUACUAAACUUAUAAAAUCCGUAAAAGGACAAUAGUUAUUGUUUUUAAAUUUGAAUAAACAAGAUCGAUAAUACAAUUCAAUUAUAAUGGGAAAAUAGUAUUUUCUUCGAAUUCAAAAUACUAUAAAGGCUUGUGAUGAGUAUAAAAUCCAUACAAAUGUUUUUUAAAUUAUAAGGUUAUAGAUUUUCAGAUAUUAAAAUUUAGUUAUUAUAAAUAAUUAAUUUUUUAACUAUUUUAUUAAUUUAUUAAUUACUAUAUUAAUAAUAAUGUUCUAUAGUUCAGAUAAAAUCAUUGUGCUGGAUAAUGAUUUUUAUAAUUACAUCUUAUAAAAUCUUGGCACACGGCUAAUUGAUUUCAAGUGUACAGCUGAUUGAUAGUCCCAUGUUUAGUUCCUAAUUUAUAGAAAUCAUUAUCAACGUCCAUUACUACGGCCAUUUUGAGAAUUCAUACACCCCCGGUCGAUAUCUGAAACACGCACUCAAACAGUAUGAUCCACUUGAGCCGACAAAAAUUUUGGUUGGAAGGCCGCAACAUUAAACUCGUCUACUAAGUCUAUUUGACAGUGAUAAUUAAGUUCACGAAUUAUAAUAGGUUUAAUUACAGUACCUUUUUUCGGAACUUUUUGCUUGGUUAGGCAUUAAACACAAACUUAAAAACAACAUAACAAUAGUACAUGUUAUAAUAUAUUCAUGUAAUUUUUAAAUUUAUUCUGCAAUACGCUCAUCAUUCUGGUUCGCCCCCCAUGAUCAGUAUUUAUACAUAAUGUCGUGCAUAAUUGAGCUUCGUGCAUAAUGUCACUGUCAGCAUUGUUAAUCGAGGUUGUCCAGGGGUUAUAUGGCAGUUGUAUUUGUGUGGAGCUCUAGUCUUCUUGCAUGUUUGCGAGCAAACUGGGUAAUUUCAUCCUGCACGGAUGAUAUUUUCAAAUCGCGGUGGAUGAUGCCGUUCUUAUCAUAUCGAUAUGCUGCGACAAUGGUACGAAGAGCGAUACUCUGGCAUCGUUAUAUUAUUUCGACGUAUUAUUUUGGACUUAUUGGCACAACCCCACAGUUGAAUACCAUAAAUCCAAAUCGGUUUAACAAUUGAUACAUACAAGAGACGUUUGCUGGUUAAGUCUAGUUCGGAGUGUCGUCCAAUAAGCCAGUACAGUUUGUUCAUUUUUUGUUUGAUUUGCAACUUUUUCUGACGUACAUGAUGUUUCCAGUUAAGUCGUGAGUCAAGAUGCAUUCACAGAUAUUUCGUUGAAUCAUUUUGCGGAAUUAAUUAAAAACAAUGAAACAGUAACACCGCGGCGUGCCGUAAAUAUUUGCCAUUUCACCUAUAAUUUUCUUAACUAUGAUUAAUUUAUAAUUAUAGUAAAACUAAUAGAUUCUUCGAAACGUUCCGAAUUUAAACAAUUUUAGAGAACCUUAAGUUUCAUAGAAUUCUCAAACAGCUUUUUUUAAAUGUGGUACAACUCGCCAAAAUGUUUUUGUUAUACUUAGUUGUAAAAAAAAAAUUAAGUAGUAGGUAAUAGUCCUUUUUUACAUUAUUAACAUCUUUUACAACUUUUCACUAAUAACAGUGGUACAACUAUUAGCAGUACCAGCUGUUUGUUUAUAUUAUGUUUAGUUGCUUUUUUAGGAGGAGGAAUAGUCCAGGGGGUCCGGACACCCUGGAAAAAUGGUCUGUUUUGAAAAACUGUAUUUAUUCAUUAAUAUUAUUUCAUUUUUUUUUUUUUUAGUGACCCACAAGGCUUUUCCCCUACAUCAACCGCUGACCUCUUACAUUGAAAAUGAAUUGCAUCGUGGUCUUAACACAGAACUAGAUUAUAGAUCCCGAAACACAUUAGCAAAUUAUGUUAAAGGAUUAAAAAUUGAUUUUAUGAUUCCAAAUCAGCCUAACACAAAACGUUCAUUUAAAGUCAUCGGUCUUCUUGAAAAUGCGUCAAAAUUUAUGUAAGUAUUUUAAAUUGUUUCACCAUUAAUGAAGUGUUUUAAAUGUGAAUCUGGGAAAACAAAAUUACCUAUAUUCCUAAAAUAUUUUUAAAUAUUGUUAUAUUAUUCAAACCAUAAAUUCUAUAGGCUUAUUCACGGGAUUUAUAGGAUCUACAUAGGUAUUUAUAAUUGUGAACUAUACUUUGAAAUAUAAUUAAUACCAUCUGUUCGAUUGGAUACUGUAACAGCUGGUUUUAUAUGAUUAUAAUUAGGAUUAGCAUAAGGGGGUUUAUCUGAGGCUCGUGGUAUUGAAAAUCAAUACCAUAAUACCAGCAUUGAUUCUAAAUCCGGUUUUAAACAGUAUACUGGAACACCGAUUUCAAACGCUAUCCCAAAAAUACUGGUUUUCGAACCGGUAUUAAUCCAGAGCUUGAGCCUGAGUGCAUCUCUCUCUUAAGACGGCUCUACUAAUCAUAAUAACAUUGGGUAUUACGCCAGUAUCGGUAACUAUAAUUCCAUAAUAGUAAAAUUAGAGUGAAUUUAAAAAAUAUGUUGUAUACUGAGUAGAACAUAGUUUAUUGUGUAUAUUGCUGAUAAAUUUUAAAUUGUUUAAUCUAUUAUUAUAUAAAUAAAACAAAGUCGGAUUAAUUACACCAUGUGUAACUCUAGAACAGCUGGACCGAUUUUGAUGAUCUGUGAUUUUUUUGAUUCAUUACCACCCUUAAUAACAAAAUAACUAUUAAAAUAUUGGAAAGAUUCACGUAAAAAAAUGUUUAGUGGUUUUAAGGUAUAUUUGGUACGAAUAUCUAAUUACUUAUUUAUUUAUUGUUGUUUAUUAAAGGGUUGUUACUGAAAAGAAAACUAUUAAUUAUUAUUAUUACUAUUAUUCACACUAUUAAAAUUUCACAAUAGAAAACAUUUAGUCCGCCGAAGGUGGACUAUCCACUUUCCACCUAUUUGUUUUCAUUAAAUUCUGAUAUUACGGCCAAAACCAAAAAUUAAUAUGAGUAAAUUAAUAACAAAACAAAUUGGCACGUGCAACGCCGGGCGCAGGACAGCUAGUUUUCCACGAUAGGUAUUUAGUAAAAGAUGUUCUUUAUCCCUUAUAUUUUAUAUCUUAUAUAUAUUUAGACACUUAACAAAGUAACAAUUUAAAUUCAUUUUAAUAUUAUUUUUAUAAGAUAACAUUAUUUGGUUAAAAAAAUUGUGGUAUCAAACGAUUUCUGUGUUAAUUUUUAAUGUCACUAUGGAAGAAAAACUUUUUUUUCGCAUAGAAACCGAUAUCAAUAUUUUCAACGUUUCUAUUGCUAGGCUAGAUAAAAAAAAAAUAAAAGCUUAAAUCAGUUUUUAUAACAAAGAGGUUGUGAGGUGACUGACUUUAUUUUUUACCUAUUUUGGGGAUCGUGACAUUAAUAAUUUUGAAAACCGAUAAUCUACGGAAAUUUAUUUGUCAUGGAUCAUACUUACAGGUGAAGAUAUUAAUUAAUUAAAUAAAAUAAAAUGACUAUCUUAAUGUUAGUACAUGUUAGUGUAUACACUACGGGAAUCAAAAUACUUUGAUAGUUUCUGCUAACCUCAAAUAAUCCUAAGGAAAGGAAAAGAAGGAAGAUAAUUUAUUAUUAAUUAAUUUUAUUAAUUAUUUUAUGUUGCGUUAUAUUAAUUCAAAUAAAUAUUAAAAUUCAUUUUUUAGGUUUGAAUUCGAUUAUGAUAAUCAAAGUACAAGCUCAAGAAUGACUACAGUUUAUGAAUAUUUUAAAAAAACACGGCUAUAUACUAUAAAGUAUCCAAAUUUACCUUGUUUAAACGUUGGUAAAGUUGAUAGAAUAACUGCACUUCCAAUUGAAGUAAAUAUCUGUUUUGUCAUAUUAUUCAAACCACAAAAUAGUCUCUUUUCUUUGAUAUUUCAUUAUAUUCAGUUUAUUAAAUAAUGUCAAUACCAGGCACGUAGUUAAGGGGUGCUUGAUCAAUCCUAAAAAGUUUCUGACUUUAGGCCGGCCCACUCAAAAUAUUCAGUGGGGCUCAUUAUCAUAUGAAUUUAAUUAAUACCGCCAUGUAUCAUCUUAUUCAACUUGCAUAAAGUAAUAUAAUUUAUUAAAGAUAAUUGAUUACUACCUACUACCUGUUACCAGUUCAUUAUAUCAGCAAUAUUAUAUUAUAUAGUUUAUAUUAUCCGGUAGAUGGCAUAAUCAUCAAAAAAUACAUCUAUCAAUAAGAUACAAAAGUAUUAUAGUUAUAAUGUGUUUAUAACUACCUGUUUAUUAAUAUAAAAAAUUUCGAGGGAGGCUCCCAAAUAUUGACCCACCUAAUGAACAUUUUUUGGCUACAUAUCUGGUCAAUACUAACUAAAAAUGUUGAUUAAAUUUUUUUUAUUGGAAUAUUUGUUUUAGUUGUGCACUGUUCAAAAAGGACAAAUUAAAUUGAUCAAAUUGACAGACAAUCAAACUGCACGAAUGGUGAGAAGUGCAACUCGACCACCUGCUGAACGGCGACAAAAAAUUGAAAAUUUUAUUGAAGACAUAAAAUAUAAUAAUGAUUUAGUAUUGAAAGAAUUUGGCAUUAAUAUCCACGAAAAAUUUGACAGAGUUUUAGCAAGAGUUUUGGAUGAACCAUAUUUAGCAUAUUAUCAUAACAGGGUAUGUUUAAUUGUUUACUGGGAGACACAUAAAAGGCUCAACUAAGGUUCAAAUUCUAGGGAGCUAUAACCCCAAAUAAAUUUAUUUGCUUCAAUUUGAAAGUAUAAUAUUUUAAUUACAAAUACAAAUAAAUAUUAUAAAAAUGAAUAUAUCUUACUAUACUCCGUUCUAAAUAAGAAUUCACCGGGUGGCGGACGAUAAUCGGUCGAGCAUUGCGUAGCCAACCAAUGACAACCAAUCGUAAAGCGAAUAGAUUAAGUCGAGGGGGCAGGACGUCGCUCAGCGAUACAUUUGAUUGCGCCAAGCGGUGCGUUAUUAUAUAGAACGGAGAAUAUAUUCGUCGGUUUUUAAAUUUAUUAUACAUUUCAAAUAUGUCGUUUUUCGUUAUUAUAAAUACUAUUGGAUUUCACUCCCGAUAUUUUUAAUGGCAAAGUUUGAGCUGCGAUCUUCCACCAUUGAUAUUCUCAAUCAAUUUUGAAUGUGUCUCAUGCUCAUACUAGGGAAGUAUCGCUCCAAAUGAAAUAUGUAUAUUUUUAUUUUAUAUAAUAUGCAAAAUGGUUAAAAGUCAUUUUUGUUAUCAACAAUAUUUUUCCUAAUAAAAAUUAAAAACCUUGUUGAUAGAAGAACUGGGGAAGUAUAUAUUAUCUUUAAUAAUAUUUGUUUAAUGUUGUACAGAUUUCUCCAGUUUUCUUACGUUUUUUUCGGUUUUCCUCAUUUAUUGAGAAAACUCCGGGAAAUAUCGAAAAACUACCUUCUUAGACUACCUUCCCAGUGAAAUUUCCUUUCAGAAAAAUUGCUAUCAUUAUAAGUUGGAGCAAAAUUGCUGAUAAGAAAGUGGUCCAUAGAAAAAAAAAUUCGUAAUAUUAUACAAAUAUAUUUCGUAUAUGUUCCCAUUUUUUUUUUUCGGUUUUUCACAUCUGAUGAGAAAACUCAGGAAAAUCAAAAAAAUGAUCUCUUUAAGAUACCACCCCACAUCGAUUUCCUUUCAGAAAAAUUGUUACACGUAAAAAUUGGAGCAAGACCUUUGGUAGAAAAGUUACUCACAGAAAAAAAAAUUAACAUCUUUUUAAAACCAUUAGUUUCUUCACUCCACUCAGAAUCUAAAAUAGUUUAGUGGGAAAUAGUAUAAUCGUUUUAUCUGUAAUUUAUUUGAAUUACGAGUAUAUCGCUUACAGUUUUAAACAUUACUAUAAUUAGUAUUUGGUAGAAUAUACUUUUCCAUACCGAGUACUGGUUCUAACUAUUGCGGCCAUUCUGUGUUCAAGUGACGUAUGCGUAACUUAAACUAAUGUUAUAAUAUUAUUGUAUACAAUGAAUAAAAAGAAGUUGUUUGUGGUAAGUACAUAUGUUAUAUUAUAAUAUUAAAUAAUAUAAUACACUAAUUAAGAAGUUAUUUACACAAGCAUAAUUUAUUAAUCGUCUAUAAACAAGGCUAUAAAUCCCAAUAGAUCAGAUAAUGCUGAUCAUGACUGACCGAAGUGAUUUAAUAUCAUAUGCAUCAUAUUGAAUUAUUUCUCAUUCGUCAGUUUUAAUAAUAGCUAUGGUUUUAAUUUUUUGGGCUAAAUUUUUCAAAAAGUUUUUCCAGUCAAAUGUGGUUUUAAAGGGUUGAAUUAGGAUAAAAGUUAUACAUUUUUUAAAAAUUAGGAAUAGUAUUCUUGUACUUAUUAAAAAACAAUAAUUGUCCCAUUACACAAGAAUGAUGAUAAUCAAAGUUGUUGCAAUUACAGGCUAUUUUCUGUAGCCUUUUUUUUCUUUAAAAGUUAUUGAAAAAUCAAAAAAAAAAAUAGGUUAUUAUCUUUUCUAAAUAAGAACAAACUUUUUCAAUUCAUCAAACUGUUUUUUGAUUGAGAUGGAUUGGUUUGAAUUUUUCUUUAUUAUGUCCAUACUAUUUUGAAUGGUAAUAAAAAAAUACUAGGAAUACUUUUAGAAUUAAAAGUUUUUGAUUCUGUUGAUCAUGCUAUUUUGAUUGAUGAAUCGGAAUACUGUGAUCUUCCUAAAUACCACAGGGUCUGGGGCGGAAUAUACAAUAAUCCUUAUCUUGAGUAUUUAGAGACUAUGAUGCGUUGGUUAGUAAAAAUAAUUUUACAAAAGUCUAGAUUGUAUCCGAUAAUUUAUCUGUUUUGUAAUUUUAAAGUAUUAAAUUUAAAAAUCCCUUAAAAAAAAUCUGGUGAUUUUUAAACCACAUCAUGUUUACAAUACACGCUUAAAAACUUUAAGUAAUUUAAACUGUAUACAAUUUAAUAAAAACUUUGAAAAUUCAAUAUUGUUGUUAUUGGAAUCAUUUUAUGUAGAAAGUUAAGCAUGGAUAAUACUAAAUUUAAAACGAAAUCAAUAUGAGUUAACUAUGGUAUAUAUAUGUAAAGAUUGGCAUCUUAAACUUAGAUAAAUUUAAUUUAGUGAUAGUAUUUGUUUAUUUCCUUUAUUUAAUUAGUAUAUAGUUAGCUUUAAUCUGUAAUAAGAUUAUUUUCAUAAGUUACAACAAUCGGCUUUUUGACCUAGCUCACUUAGCCUAAGUACAAGCAUUGCAUUUUUUUGAGAGAGAGGUCGUCAUUUAAUUAUUUAUUGUUUAAAUUAUUCUAAUUUAAUUUUCCAUUUAACCUAAACUUGUAUAUAUUUUAAUGAAGUUAUAUAUUAUAUUAUUAAUAUUAUUUUUUUUUAUUUUUUUAAAGGAAAUUAAACCCAUAGGUGGUGUUUGGAAACCAGAUAAAUUUUUCAAACCUGCAAAGCUUACACGAUGGGUUGUGUACAAUUUAGAUAUGCAUACUCGCUUAUCAGAAAUCAAGUAAGUAAAAUUAUUAUUCCAAUAUAAAAUUGAUAAAGAAAAUAUUUUUAUAAUUGUAUUAUAUUCUAGACAUUUUGAACAAAUGUUAAUGCAAAAUAGUAGAGAACUAAAUAUGUUGGUAAGCUCAAUGGUCCAGGUCUAUAAUUAUAGCACACGUAGAAAUGCGGAUAUUGAUGAUAUCCAAGAAGAAAUUACGAAUUUUUUGAAAAAAAUGAGAAGUGUUCAGCCCCCAAUAGAAAUCGUUGUGGUAAUUAUGCCAGAUUUUCCAAAUGGAGUAUAUGGUAAAUAAUAAAUAAUACUACAAAAUAUAUAAACUAUUAAUUUUUUAAGCCUAAUUUAAGAUUAAAAUUGUAUUUAAAUAUUUGUUUUAUCGAAAUAUUAAUGUAGUUUUAUUAUCUUAUAAGUAUUUUAAUUCUAUAUUUUGAAUUGUUUUAAAUAAUUACAAUGAAAAAUUCAAAUUGUCAAUUUAAUAAUUUAAAUUACAAUAAUUAUUAUUUUAAACUAAAUUGUUUAUAUUUUUUAAGCUGCUGUUAAACAAGCAUCAGAAUUGGAAAUCGGUAUGCUCACCCAGUGCAUUAAAUCUAAGACUAUGAAAAAAAUGAAUAGUUCUACGGCGAAUAAUAUCAUGUUAAAAAUAAAUUUAAAAUUAAAUGGAAUCAAUCAUACUUUGUCUCCAAGAAGCUGGUAAUAUUUGUGUUCUUUUAAUUUUAAUAUUUCUUAUUGCGUAGUGUACACAUUUAUUCGAUAUUUUUAAUAUAUUAAAUAUUUUAUAUUAUUUUUAAUUUUGGUUUAGCCCUAGUACUGUUAAAGAUGCGAUAAUUUUUGGAGCUGAUGUCACUCAUCCAUCUCCAGAUCAAACCUCUAUUCCAUCAAUUGCUGCUGUGAGUAAAUUUCAAUAAUUAAAAUAUUAUUAGUUAAAAAAUAUUUAUUCAAGUUUUGAUAAAAUUUUGAUUUUAUUUAAUUGAAUUGUACAAUAAAUUGUUUAAAUAUAUCAGCCAUUUUUUUACACUAGAGUAACCUAAAAUAAAAAAAUUAUAAUAUAAACAGAUGAUUUUAUUAAUGUUAUAAAAAAUAUAUAACAUUAAUGUUAGAUAUAAGUUAUACAUUUAUAUUAUGUGUAUAAAAGUUUUAAAUUUAAUGAAGUAGUUGUUUAUAAAAUUUAAAUACAUUUUUGAAAAUUAUAUAAUCCAAGGGAGGGUGACGAUAAUUAGCAAACGAGUUUUUAGUGAGGUCUAUCCAUAGACCUUAUACUAAGGCAGUGGUUCUUAACCGGUGUUUCGUGGACUUGGCAUAAGUGUUCCGCCAAAAUUGUAAAGGUAUAAUAUGAGACAUGCUGUACUAGAGUGCAUGUGCGUUGUACGUUGGUGCUUCAUGAGGCACAGUGUCUUCAACAUGUUGAACUAUACUACUAGUGCACUAUUGUGAUAGUGACAGUAACUGAAAACCUUCUUCGUUGUUAUUGAAAACUGUUUUAUCAACAAGGUAAAAGUAGUUUUUAUUUUUCUUCUAGCUGAUUUUUGGGUUUGGAAAUCUGUGGGAAAUAAGUGUUUUCUUUGCCAUAGUUCUAAAUCGUAUAAUAUACUUUUUUGCUCAGAAUUUAAAAUAAUAAACAAAUAUUUAUGACUUAAUAUAAAACUAAUUAUCCAGUAUUAAUAAUAUUGAUAAUACAUAUUUUUCUAUCGCAUCUCAGUUAGCAGCAAGUCAUGAUUUGUAUGGAAGCCAAUACAAUAUGGAAUGUCGUUUACAAUCGCCCAAAGUAGAGAUUAUACAAGAUUUAGAAGAUAUGGUCCACAAACAGUUGCUUAAAUAUAUAGAUAAAACAAACAAACUACCCAUUGCAAUAUUUUAUUUGCGGGAUGGUGUUGGCGAGGGGCAGUUUGCACAUUUGUUGCACUAUGAAUUGAUUGCUAUCCGACGAGCGUGCCUACGGUUAAGUAUCAAAUAUCAACCUUCCUUAACAUUUGUGGUCGUACAGAAACGACAUCACACUAGAAUGUUCCCCAAACAUAAAAUUGACAUGCAUGGCAAAUUUCAAAACGUUCCUCCCGGUACAGUUAUAGACACUCAGAUAACCCAUACGGAAGAACUCGAUUUCUACUUAUGUAGCCAUGCUAGUAUUCAGGUUAGUUAUUAAUUAUUAAUUAAUAAUAGUAAUUUGAAAUUAUACUCGUAAAUUCUUCAAUAUAUUCUUAGGGCACAUCCAAACCAACAAAGUACCAUCUUAUUUGGGAUGACAACGAUUGCACAGAAGAUGAAUUAGAGGAAGUCAUUUACUACUUGUGUUAUAUGUUUGCUCGUUGUACUCGUUCUAUUUCAUAUCCAGCACCGACAUACUACGCCCAUUUGGCUGCUUUUAGGGCACGAUCUUAUAUUGAAAAGUAAGUUAAUAUAUUUCAAUAUGUUAUUUUAUUAAAUAAUUUGACUAGAUUUUUUUUUUCUUAUAGCAAAAAAAUAAAUCUCAAUCGUUUGGACGAGGAGCAAAAAAAAAUAAAAUUGAAUGAACUAUUCACUACUGAAUCUCCCAUGCAUUUUGUUUAA